AUGACGCUCCUCCAACAUAUCCGCAUCCCCUCGACCGCGCCCCGGUUCCCGACCUACGCUCUUGCCGUUGAGCUGCAAACGCAUCUGCAAAGGCGGCUGCUCGAGCACAAGGCCGCCGCCGCCGCCUCAGCUUCCUCCUCAUCGACGACGACGACGACUUCGGUAGCGCCACCGCCGUCUCUCAUUUCGUUCACACCACCACCGACGUAUACGCUCGGCCGGCGACAAUCAGGGCCUCUAGCCCCAGCCGAGGAACAGCGCCUCCGCGCCCCUCUCCGCGUCGGGCCACACUCACAGUAUGCCCCCGAGGUGGUGAGCGCGCCGCGCGGCGGCCUCGCGACAUACCACGGCCCGGGACAGCUCGUCUUUUGGCCCGUCAUUGACCUGCACUCGCCGCACCACCGCCACUUUACCGUGCGCGACUAUGCGUGUCUGUUGGAAAAGACGACGAUUGCCGCGCUGGCGCGCGUGACGCGGCGGUCAGGUAGCGAGCUCAAGGGCUUCACGACGGAUAACCCAGGCGUCUGGGUCCGCCACAGCGCGUCGGGCUUGCUCCGCGAUACCGCUGCCGGUGCUGCUCCUCCCACCAGCAACAGUCCAUCGGCAAUAACAACCGCUGAGGAGCGCAAAAUCGCCGCUCUGGGCGUCCACCUCCGACGCCACGUGACGGGUCUCGGCGUCGCCGUCAACAUCAACAUGCCCGUCCGCGGGCCCGAGGCGUCGAAUCCGUGGUCGCGCAUCGUGGCGUGCGGGCUUGAGGACAAGGGCGUGACCAACCUGGUGGCUGAGCUCUACGGGGCCGAUCACGGCGGCGAGGAGCACUCGUACUCGGCCACUGGCCAAGAGCUGCAGGACGAGCUGCGGCAGGCGUGGGCCGAUGAGUUUACCGAGAGGCUCCUUGUCAAGACGGAUAGUCUUCGUGACUACCAAGAUGAGACGCUAGCCGCAAUGAUUACGUCUUUCGAAAAUCGUGCUCAAGGCUUAGAGUCUGGGAAUGGGUUCAACUCGGGGCUUGAAAACUAG